AUGCGACUCUCAAUAUCAUGCGAAGGCUGUCGUCAAGCAAAGGUCAGAUGUGUGCAUGAAGGGAUUCCGCCAUGUCAGCGGUGUGAAAGGACCAAAAAGCCAGACUGCGUUUUGACAGACCCGCGAGCAUCGAGGCCCAAUUCGGGAAAAAAGAGCAUCCCAUCAAGAACCCCGAGGAAGCGAAAGGCCAUUGCCAGAGCAUCUCCAGAAAUUGAUAGCGCUCAGACUCCACAUCGGAAAACUUCCCAGGUUGUUCCAGGGAGCCAAGAUGCAUCCGAUAAUCCCAUUUCGGCUCUCUCCCCGGCCACAGUAAUCAGCGCCGUCGAGACUUACAGGAAAAAAUUCCCUGUUGCGAACUUCCUGCACUAUCCCUCUCUUAUCUCAGACAUAUCCGCCAACCCUCUAUCGGUGGACCCAGUCUUUGUUGCGUCCUUACUUUCUCUCUGUGUGCGGUUCAUGCCCAGCCAUGGACUGGGCGACGAGGAGACGUAUGCAGGCUAUGCCAGGAAGCAGCUGGCGCAUCGUGUGCUCGAGGCACCCUCACUUUUUCUUGCCCAGUCGUUGGUCAUGUUCUCAUUUUACGAAUGGGGGUCUGGGCGACCAUAUCAAGCUUGGAUGUACAGUGGCAUGGCCACCUACAUGAUCCAAUCGCUCUUGAAAAUGUCAGACGACAGCAUGGAACAUAACCCCCAAGAGUUCCAUGCCUCACAGACACAGUAUGAACAGCUUGUUCGUACAUAUUGGUGCUGUUUUGCACAGGAUUGCGAGCUUAGUUCUGGAGCCCGACAGCACUUUGCACUAUCUUUCUCCCAGAUUUCAGUACCGCUUCCUAUCAGUGAUCGGGACUUUACAUUCAACCAUUCCCCAACAAGGAGGUUGAUGCCUGUGGACAUGAAUCAGAAGUGUCUUCUUGCAACGAAUUUGACCAUUGAGCAUGGCCUUACGAUUGUCACUCGCGGGUUUGACAUUUUCGUUCGCAUUUUGCGAUUUGCCAAUGAACAUAGACGAGAUUUGGCAUCCAUGUCGUCAGACGAAUCCGUUGGAUCACCCCUACAUCUGACCUGGCAGCAACUAAAGGGAGAGCUGGAUGAGUGGAGAUCUCUGCAAGAUGCGACGGUCAGAUAUCCUGCCACCAGCGCCCAGGCACAUGUUGCUCUUGGUUAUGGCGAGCUAUUCGCCAUACUUUUCCUCCACCGAGACCGAUUCCUAUCUACCCUGAAACCCCACUCGGAUGUCUUUCAUGACACCAGCGAUGGCAUACCGGGCGAACCGGGCACCAUCAAACAGCUUUUCGAAGCAGCCCAGCAAAUCGGGGGAGUCUUGUCCGCUCUCGAAGCCUCAGAAGCCCCCGUCAUAACGCCAUAUUCAGGUUUCAGCGUCUUCGUCGCCGCGCACAUAAACAUGUACGGGACCAUCGCACCACAUCGGUACCCCGGCGGAUUCGAAAGAGCCGAGGAAGAGAAGACCAAGAACCUCCAGUACCUUGAGCGACUGAGUAGCUUCUGGCCUGUCGGUCGGAGCUGGUGGCGCACCGUCCAAGACGCAAAUCGCUUUUACGAAACAGUAAAAAGUAACCAAACACACCCUGAACCUGGCAUGCAUAGUCCGCGCCGUUUAGCUCUGGCAGGGACAUUAGACGAGUAUGGUGAUAUCCGCUCUCGUCCACACGGCGAACAGCAACAGCAACCCUCUCGGGGAAACGCCGGUGUAUCCCAUGGUUCGAGGCAUCCGCAUUACACUCAUGGAAGAACACCUUCGCCGCCUGAGCUCGGAAGCGAUGAUCAAUUCUUGUCGAGAGAGAAUGCUUCUCUUGGUGGUCAUCACGAUUUCGAAACUGAUAUGUUUCAGUGGCCGUUUAUCGAUGCCUCGUGGUCAACGGGGUUUGACAGUGGCUUGGAUGGGCUGUGGCAUAAUUCGGGGCUGUUUGAUAUGAAUCCGUCGAUGAGGUAG